AUUUCUCCAGUGCUGGUACAAAAUUGGACUCUGCUUCGCCAUGUGGAAAGUCUAGGGUUCUCCCAAGUUUUAAAGAGUUAAGAAAAUACAUAGAAUGUCUUGGGAAUGUUGGCGGUGGAGGCUGCCGCUCAGUCCUCUCUGCUUGCUCACCCCAGAGGGGAUCCUGGCACCGGGACAGCUCAGAAUGUCUCUGACUUUGCUCUCCUGCCCGAAUUCUGUCCUGACCUGCCCCCAGGGCCGCCUCGGCCCAUACGCCAGUCCACCGAGAGUUGGGAAUGUGCUGUUAUCUUCACAGUGAGGUUUAUUUUCACCUUAGCCUUGGUGAGUCUCCAGAGACCUGGAGAAAACACUUGGAUACAGGAGCCUUUUAGUAAUCCUCGAGGGAAAAGUCGCUGAAAGUUAGCGAGGGUGGUGGCGAGGGUAGGUAAGGCGGGCAGAGCCAAAGGAAACAGAGUUAUUUUGACUGCAUUUUUUUCCUGGCCUGUUUAAAUCUUCCUGACAUUGGAACUGUGUGUCACUAAAAGGACACAGCCCUGGGUGUGGGGCCUGAGACCAGAGGGGCGCUGGCAGGGCCUGGAGCUGGCAUGGCCACCGGGCUGCUUGGCUUUGAGGAUCUGCCAUGGAGCUGGGACCUGUCCUGCCGGUCACUGAGGGCCUGCCGAGGUGGGGACCUUCGGGUCCCACAGCUGAUGUUGAAACCAUGCUGCAUCUCCAGGGCCGUCUACCAGAUGACGGAGGGCCGUCGAUGUCAAGUACAUCUUCUUGAUGACAGGAAGCUGGAACUCCUAGUGCAGCCCAAGCUUUUGGCCAAGGAGCUUCUGGACCUUGUGGCCUCUCACUUCAAUCUGAAGGAGAAGGAAUACUUUGGGAUCGCGUUCACAGAUGAGACGGGGCACUUAAACUGGCUUCAACUAGAUCGAAGAGUUUUAGAACAUGACUUCCCGAAAAAGUCAGGACCCGUGGUGUUGUACUUUUGCGUCAGGUUCUACAUAGAAAGCAUUUCCUACUUGAAGGAUAACGCCACCAUCGAGCUCUUCUUCCUGAAUGCUAAGUCCUGCAUCUAUAAGGAGCUUAUUGACGUUGACAGUGAAGUGGUGUUCGAGUUAGCCUCCUAUAUUUUACAGGAGGCCAAGGGAGAUUUUUCUAGUAACGAAGUGGUACGGAGCGACUUGAAGAAGCUGCCCGCCCUGCCCACCCAAGCCCUGAAGGAGCACCCUUCCCUGGCCUACUGUGAAGACAGGGUGAUUGAGCACUACAAGAAACUAAACGGCCAGACCAGAGGUCAAGCGAUCGUGAACUACAUGAGCAUCGUGGAGUCCCUCCCGACCUAUGGGGUUCACUACUAUGCAGUGAAGGACAAGCAGGGUAUCCCAUGGUGGCUGGGCCUGAGCUACAAGGGAAUCUUCCAGUAUGACUACCAUGACAAGGUGAAGCCCAGGAAGAUAUUCCAGUGGAGACAGUUGGAAAACCUGUAUUUCAGAGAGAAGAAGUUUUCCGUGGAAGUUCAUGACCCACGAAGGGCAUCCGUGACCAGGAGGACAUUUGGGCACAGCGGCAUCGCGGUGCACACGUGGUAUGCGUGUCCGGCGUUGAUCAAGUCUAUCUGGGCUAUGGCCAUCAGCCAGCACCAGUUCUACCUGGACAGGAAGCAGAGCAAGUCCAAGAUCCAUGCAGCACGAAGUCUGAGUGAGAUUGCCAUCGACCUGACCGAGACGGGGACACUGAAGACCUCGAAGCUGGCCAACAUGGGCAGCAAAGGGAAGAUCAUCAGUGGCAGCAGUGGCAGCCUGCUGUCCUCAGGUUCUCAGGAAUCAGAUAGCUCUCAGUCGGCCAAGAAGGACAUGCUGGCUGCCUUGAGAUCCAGGCAGGAAGCUCUGGAGGAAACACUGCGGCAGAGGCUGGAGGAGCUGAAGAAACUCUGUCUCCGGGAAGCUGAGCUCACCGGCAAACUGCCAGUUGAAUAUCCCCUGGAUCCGGGGGAGGAACCGCCCGUUGUUCGGAGGAGAAUAGGCACAGCCUUCAAGCUGGACGAACAGAAGAUCCUGCCCAAAGGAGAGGAAGCCGAGCUGGAGCGCCUGGAACGGGAGUUUGCCAUUCAGUCCCAGAUUACUGAGGCUGCCCGCCGCCUCGCCAGUGACCCCAAUGUCAGCAAAAAACUGAAGAAACAAAGGAAAACCUCUUAUCUGAAUGCACUGAAGAAGCUGCAGGAGAUUGAAAAUGCAAUCAACGAGAACCGCAUCAAGUCCGGGAAGAGACCCACCCAGAGGGCCUCGCUGAUCAUAGACGAUGGAAAUAUUGCCAGUGAAGAUAGCUCCCUUUCAGACGCCCUUGUUCUUGAGGAUGAAGACUCUCAGGUUACCAGCACAAUAUCCCCCUUACAUUCUCCUCACAAGGGACUUCCUCCUCGGCCACCAUCGCACAACAGGCCACCUCCUCCCCAGUCCCUGGAGGGCCUCAGGCAGAUGCACUAUCACCGUAGCGACUAUGACAAGUCCCCCAUAAAGCCCAAGAUGUGGAGUGAGUCCUCUUUGGAUGAGCCCUAUGAGAAGGUCAAGAAACGCUCCUCCCAUGGCCAUUCCAGCAGCCACAAGCGCUUCCCCAGCACGGGCAGCUGCGCCGAAGCAGGAGGGGGAAGCAGCUCCUUGCAGAACAGCCCCAUCCACAGCCUCCCUCACUGGAACUCCCAGUCCAGCAUGCCAUCCACACCAGACCUGCGGGUCCGGAGUCCCCACUAUGUCCAUUCCACAAGGUCAGUGGACAUCAGCCCCACGCGACUGCACAGCCUCGCACUGCACUUUAGACAUCGGAGCUCCAGCCUGGAGUCCCAGGGCAAGCUCCUGGGCUCGGAGAACGACACCGGGAGCCCCGACUUCUACACCCCGAGGACUCGUAGCAGCAACGGCUCAGACCCCAUGGACGACUGCUCGUCGUGCACCAGCCACUCGAGCUCGGAGCACUACUACCCGGCACAGAUGAACGCCAACUACUCGACACUGGCCGAGGACUCGCCGUCCAAGGCGCGCCAGCGGCAGCGGGCACGGGCGCGGGCGGCAGGCGCGCUGGGCGCGGGCAGCUCAGGCAGCAUGCCCAACCUGGCUGCGCGCGGCGGCGUGGGGGCCGCGGGCGGCGGCGUGUACCUGCACAGCCAGAGCCAGCCCAGUUCGCAAUACCGCAUCAAGGAGUACCCGCUGUACAUCGAGGGCAGCGCCACGCCCGUGGUGGUGCGCAGCCUGGAGAGCGACCAGGAGGGCCACUACAGCGUCAAGGCGCAGUUCAAGACAUCCAACUCCUACACGGCCGGCGGCCUGUUCAAGGAGAGCUGGCGAGGCGGCUGCGACGAGGGCGAUGCGGGCCGCCUGACGCCGUCGCGCUCACAGAUCCUGCGGACUCCUUCGCUGGGCCGCGAGGGCGCCCACGACAAGGGCGCGGGCCGCACCGCCGUCUCGGACGAGCUACGCCAGUGGUACCAGCGCUCCACUGCCUCGCACAAGGAGCACAGCCGCCUGUCGCACACCAGCUCCACCUCCUCCGACAGCGGCUCGCAGUACAGCACCUCCUCCCAGAGCACCUUCGUGGCGCACAGCAGGGUCACCAGGAUGCCCCAGAUGUGCAAGGCCACGUCAGCUGCCUUACCUCAAAGCCAGAGAAGCUCAACGCCGUCGAGUGAAGUUGGAGCCACGCCCCCAAGCAGUCCCCACCACAUCCUAACCUGGCAGACUGGGAGCUACAAUGACAGCUGUUUCCUGGAUUCCUCCCUCUAUCCAGAACUAGCUGAUGUCCAGUGGUACGGGCAGGAAAAAGCCAAGCCCGGGACCCUCGUGUGAGCCAGCCCGGCCUGAUCUGACCGCCUCAACGCCAUUCUGAGAUCACCUCACUGCCUCUCAUUUGCCUUACCCAGACACACUGUCACCCUGCACCAGCUUUGGCCCUCAGCACUUUUCUUCUCCUGUCUCCGCAUUCCCUCACCCUUGAAAACCUGACUGAGGAGACAUUCUGGAAGGUUCCGGUCCCACUGUGUGUCCCCUGGCUCUCUUGCCCGCAGAGGGCCAGACACCAAUCCUCAAUGGCACCUUGGUAGCUUCCCCUGCCAUGACAGCCCCCAGGCCAGGAACCAUCAGGGAGGCCGGCCAGCAUCAAAUUCCUGUAGACAAGCAGCAGCACUGGAAGACAGGACGGGGGCGGAGGACAGGGUGAUUUGGAAGGACUGCCACCUGUAGGCCAACCAAGCACUUCGUGGAGAGGACACCUGGUGGGAUAUUCAGCUCCUACCUGAAAUAUUCCUUAGAGAGACGGCUGGGGGUGGGUGGGAAGGGGAAGAUGAAAAGGAAGCACCACACUGCAGACUGCAUCAGAGGACCACAAUCAGUUCUAUGCUGCCAAAGAUUAAACAAAAAAUAAUAAAAACACGAGAGGGGCCAAGAGGAAGACAUUCUUUCUGCAAGGAAACUUCCUCUACAUUCUAAACUGCUACUACACACAAGUGAAAGUCAACCAUCUCUAAUCUGGCGUCCUGGCUCUCCUCCUCCCUUAAUGGUCCACAUCUCUGUGGACAGCCUGAAAUACUAACCCAGUGUGAAGGUGAAGACGAGGGAGUCUUGGCUGGCACAGCUGAUGCAGACUCUCCAUCAGUCUGGACACCAAGGAAGAGACACCCCCAGGGAGUAGCAGAAUGUACGAUUAGCCCUGGUCUACGCAGGUGGUUCAGCCCAAGACUCAACUGCUGCUUUCCUUUUGGGAUCUGUUGUAAACGUAAGGUGAUAAUUGCCAAAAGUGGUUCUCUCAUUAAAACAAACAGUAAAAGUGUAUCCUAUUUUUUUGCACAAGGUGUUUCAUUUUCUUUUUUAUGGGAAACCAAGGGAAAAGCACAUUGCAAUCCAUUCAAGCGUUUUAACUGUCGUGGCUCAUUUUAUGUUUGUCAGCACUUGUGUGACAAAGAGCUCAGAUCCGACUUCUAUGUGUCACUUAUUCUAAGACCCCAACUAUGCCCUUAGGUAGAAAAGAUUUGACUCAUGUGUCUACUAGCCAACAGGCAGAGCAGGGUUAAAAAAAAAAAAAAAUCCGCUCCCGAAGGGCCCAUGUACCUACAACAUUGUCAGUUACUCUGAUGCACCACGUUUGUGUGCAGAUACCAAAAGAGGAAGAAAGAAGGAAGUAAAAUAACAUGUGUGGGAGCUGCACGUUUACAUGUGUGUGAAGCUAUGCUUCAAUCUUCAAAGGUCUCAAAGCCAUCAAUCUUCAAAGGUCUCAAAAAUACUUUUAUAAUAACAAGUGCACAAUCUUAGUUGGGUUGUUCAAGAUGGCACAAAAAGGUCUACACGGAGGUGGUAAGCUGUGCUUGUUGGUGCAAGUGGGGGGGCGAGGGUUUUUUUCUCACUUGUGAUGACUUCCUAUUGGAAAGGCAUUUGACAGCCAGGGACAGGAGCCAGGGUGGGGGUAGUUUUGUGGGAAAGCAGAACUGAAAUUAGUUUUAGCGUAAGAAAAUUCUUUGUUUUUCAUGUGUGUGUAAUCCAAGAAUAACAAUAGACGUACCAGACCAGGCGGGUAAGACUGGAUACUAGAACAAAGCAAUUACUCACGGUGUUCCCUCUGCGGCAGCCUGGAAUGUGCUGGGAGCCGAGUCAGGGUGUGCACAGCAGGCAGGGACCAGGUGGGCCACGGCCUCCUCCACUGGCCUCUGUGAACAACUCACGGCCUGCUUUCUGCAGCUCCCAGCACUGCUGGUGAUCCCAGCUUGUGUGGAAGAGGAUUACGAUUCCCAGAACACAGUUAGGGUAUACCUGCAGGAUACACAGAAACUGAUUAUGACAUUACUAAGUGAUUCUGGGGAUGGAUUGGGGGAUUUUUUUUGUUGCUCUUAUUUUGACAGUCAGAGCUAGAGUUUUUUUUUUUUUCCUUCCCUAUUUGGAAAUAUUAUACAUUGGGCCAUUUUUCUUUCUCCCAAAUCAGAAGAUACGUGAAUAAUCAGACUGGACUAUGUGCAACAGGAAAAAUCAUAAAAGAAAUAGAGAAGAUGUUGAGGUCACAUUGUCACAAGUUAUACAACGUGGAUAGUAGUUUGAAGCCAGUCUGAAGUAAAUCAGAUCAAGCCCACCUGAGUUACAAGGAAUGAGAGGCAAAAGUUCUUCCUUUGUGAAAACUUGGGUUAUGUUUUAGAAUCAGGGGAGCAGGAAAUGGAAUAGGAGCAGGAAUACAGUUCUAACAAACAUCAUGAUAGUCUGGUAGUAAAGACAGAGAUUAAGUAAAACAGGUUUUACUGUUUAGCUGUGUUCAGUUAAUACAAAAAAAUGUACAUACAUUGUUAGUCCUUUGAGACUGACAUGAUUAAUGAUCAGUGUGCUGGGAAACGAUGUAGUUAUUGUAUACAAGCACUUGCAAACUCUUUAUAUAGCCCUAUUUCUUUAAAACAAAAUAAGAUGAAAUAUGAAGCCCCUGGUCUGAUACAAAGUCCCUAUUGGAUUCUUUGGAUGCAUAUGAGAAAUCACCUGUUUAAGCCAGAGGACUGGUAAAAACACAAACAUCAGACUAUGUUGUGAGCCAGGUUGAUUUUUUUUUAAUUUUAUUAUAUGCAGAUGAGUGUUAAAACUAUUAAAAAUUCCUAUUUGUUUUCAUUAUUAGUUCAAAAUAUAGCAAACCCCAUCCAGGUGCUAUCAGAUGACCAAUUACUGCUUAGUUAACUAGGUGUAAAGUUUUACAUAUACAUUAACGUCAAUAGUUUAUUACAAGUUGUGUAAAAUGGACUCUAGUUUAACAAUGGGGGGGGGAAGAUUAGGUUGCUCCUGAAACUGACUGUAGAGCAUGUAAAAUGAUUUUACUGGAUUCUGUUCAACUGUAAUCAAUGAAAAAGAUGUAUGUUGUAGACAAAGUUGCAGAAUUAAAAAAGAAAUCUGCUUUUAAUUUAUUCUUUUUGUAUUAAGAAUUUGUAUAGUACUUUACAUUUUGCAGAACAGUGUUGUCAACACUUAUUAAAGCAUUUUCAAAAUGAAAAGA